CUAGCUUACUUAUUUUUUUUUAUUAUUAUUUUCAUUAAAGCCAGAAAAAAAUUACUUUAUAAACAUAUAUAUUUCACUGUAAAUUUAAAAUAAGCAAUACUUCUGUCUUUCAUAUAACGGAAUAGUUUAGACAAAAAUGUGACAUCUAAAUUAUUUUGACAUCUGACGUUACAGCCAAUUGGACAUCGAUUUGCUCAGUUUCCUUUUCUGUGUAGAGCACAAAAUUAAAUGUAUUCAAAACUAAUAAGAUGAAAUCAGUUAUAUAUCACCAAAAAGAAUAAUCCCUAAAGCUAUCCAAUUUAAUUUCUAAAUUUCAAUUAUAACAUAGCAAAAUGGACGGGCCCUCAGCAAAGAAAUCUACUUCUUUCGAGACUCUUGUCAUACAAAACAUAAAUAAUGUGAAUGAUUUAAAAGCGAAAUUAAAUGAAAUUAUAAGUGCCGGUAAAAACUACGAAUUUGAUGUUUCGUCAUGUUUGAAAUCCUUAUUGAAGAGUAAUGAUGAAUCCAUUGUAUUAUUAAGUGUUCAUGCUGUAUCAGAGCUUGUGAAAUGUGAAAGCAAACGUGAAACGUACGCACAAAAAGAAAUUAUUGAACCAAUACUUGGUAUUUUAUCCAAAGAGUUCUGUAUCGAUAAGUUCGAACUCAGGAAGCAAUGCCUUAGAGCGCUAGGUAAUUUAUGCUGUGACUGUGAUGUUUCAAGGAAAAUCAUGCUUGAAAACAAUGGAGUACAAAUAUUGAAUAACUUGUUGACCAAUACUUUAAAAGUGUCUGAAUUUGACGAGAUCCAAAUCCUCAUUUGUAAGACGCUGUUGAACUAUGCAAUUGGAGGGCAGGAAUUCUCAGAUUCAUUGGAUAAGUGCGGAGUUGUAGAGAAUGGGAAAAAUAUAUUGAUAGCUGAACUAAAAAAAGACGAUAUGAAUGAUGAUCUUGUUUCUACAGUUCUAUUAUUACUGAGUGUUAUAAAUGAUAAUGCACCUGAAUUCCUGUAUAGUGAUGAAACAAAUGUAAAUGUGUUGAAUGUGCUAAAGGAAACCACAAAUGUGGAGUUGUCAGAGUUGUGUCUAGAACACUUACAUUCACAAGUUCGGGAGCAUGACUCAGUAAAAACAUUACUAGCCAAGGAGGGUGGGGUGCAACUAGUAUGUGUCCGUCUCAACCAGCUGCUCCAAAGGCAUGAAGAGGGAGAAUUGAGUGCUGAUGAUACUCAGGUUGAAGGGAUUGUGAAACAAGCAUGCUAUUUGAUUAUACUUAUAUUGACUGGAGAUGAUGCCAUGCCUAUUCUAUACAAAGAUGGUGUGGGCGAAGUGUAUUUGACGAUGGUGAAAUGGCUGGAUUCACCAAACCAUCAUCUCCUAGGUACAGCAUUGCUCGCUAUUGGUAACUUUGCAAGACAAGAUGAUUAUUGCAUACAAAUGAUGAACGAUAAGAUAUUUGACAAACUGUUGGAUAUAUUUGAAGUGUACCAUAACCUGAGCUUGAAACAAAAUUCUGGUGAAACUCUCCCCAUAGAGAAGUCAACCCUGAACCAAAUACAACAUGCUUCACUCUCCGCGAUAAGGAACUUAAGCGUUCCAGUAGCCAACAAGAGAGUGUCGGCCGCACAAGGCAGGGCUGCUCCAUUACUGUUGAAAUGUUUGCCGAAUGUGGACGACCAUCAUGUGGCAUACAAAUUGUUGGCCGCUUUGAGGAUGUUAGUUGAUGGGCAGGAGAGUGUAGCGCGUUUGGUGUCCGGGAACAGAGCGGCGCUACAAGCGAUAGCGCGGUGGGGCGGCGCGGGCGAGCACGCGGGCGCCGCGGGCGAGGCGCCGCGCCUGCUCGCCUGGACCGUGCGCCACGUCGCCAGCGAGCGCCACGGGGACAUGCUGCAGGUUGAAGGAUGCAUACUCAAUCUGGUCAACAUGCUGAUAGCACCGCAUUCAGUUAUGCAAAACGAAGCGAUCCUCGCCUUAACAUUGCUCGCUAUAGAAAUCCUUAACUACAAACAUACCGACGAAUACGAAAAGAACUUUACCACCCAUCUUAUAGAGUCGGAAAUCGGCAAGCAUUUGUCCGUUCUAAUCGAGACUAACUGCGCUAAAAUGCCGGUAGAGGUCGCUGAGAAUUUGCUUGCAUUUUUGGACGUGACGUCAAAGUGUGAAACUAUCUUGCGCGAUUAUAAUAAGGCGAAGGUGCACAGCGCAUUGCAAAAAUUGGUCGACGCUAGAAAAGAUUUUAGCGAAGAAUUAAAAACCUGUGCUUUUGAUAUUAUAAACAAGAUAUCUGACGGGAGUGGAUAGAAUUUUCAUUGACUUCGGCUUUGAGUUUAAUGCAUAAAAUUUGUUAAAAACCCUUAACUUAUUUGUGACUGUUGUCAUUUUUCUUAUAAAUGUAUUGUGUGUGUUUCAACCCAAAUGCACUAAAGAAAAUUUCCUCUUAAAUAUUGUACAAGCACUAUUUCAAGAGUGUCGUUCAUAAAGUAUUUUGGCUAACUUUAGUUUAAUUAAUAUAGAAAAAUUGACCAGAAAACACAAAGCAACUCAAUUCGAGCUAUAAACUUGAUAAAUUAAUCAAAAAACUUCAUCCUUCUAUUUACCUUACUAAACUAUUACUUACUGUUGUGGUACUUUUCAUCUAUUUUUAAUAGAUGUAAGAGAAUAGAGGAAUUUACCUUCCCAAAUAACACAUCGCACAAAACACGCUUGGUUGUCAUAAUAGUCUGUUGAUGCCAAAUAAUUUGAUAUAAUAUGUCUCUUAUUGAAGGAAUUGUCUCCCUGUUCAUAUUUAUUAGAAGUAACAAGAUGUUAACUAUUUAAUAUUGUCUUAGAAUAAUAUAGGUAUAAAAAUUAUUUAUUACUAUUUCUUUGCAGUAUUUUUUCAUUGUUAUAAUCAAUUUUUUUUUUGCCAUUCCAUAUUUUCGAAUUUGUAUAACUUUGGUGAAUUAUUUUUCAAUAUAUUGUCGUCACUGAAUUUUACGUGGCUUAGUAUAUUGUGUUUAAUAAAUUUUAAUGACUUUUUUUUCUUUAUUCUUAUUUUUAGUUUACAAUACCAAUGAAAUAAUUCACUUCGAGCAAUACUGAUGAAAUACUCCAAGUACAACAUAAGUUAUAUACAAUAGUGAUUUUAUCAUGUACUAAUGGUAGUUUUAUAUAUUUAUUUUACUUGUCUCGUAUGUAAUAUUAAGUAUAAAAUGUUCAAUUUUGCUCUUUUAUGAUAGUCUUAGUUCUUAAUUGUUAUGAAUCCCAUAGUGCACUUAUUGAAGCUUAAAUUAAGGAUUAUGGCACCGUCGUUUCAGUAUCUAGCACAAAUAUAUGUAUAAGGUGCUUUUGUUAUUUAAUAUAUGAAAUAAACCUAACAUUUAUUAUUUAUGUAUAUGAAUUCGAGGUUAUUUUAAUAUAAUAAUCUAACAUUUUCUAUGUUCGGUUGAUUUUUAUUUUCUCAAAUCGAGGCUAUAUUAUAGGUAAAAUGAUAAGACCAUUUUGUCAUUAGAAUAAUUGUAGAACAAAAAAAAAUUAUUGAAUGUGUUUCGUUAUUGUUUAUCCUUUGUGUUUGGAAAUUUUAUGUUUUAUAGUUAACAUUUGUUCAGCAACAAAGUUGAUCAACGUGGAGCGACAUCAUGCAGAGUAACUAACGGCAUAUUCGAAAGAUUGGGCCCGAGGAACUAGGUUUAAAUAAAGUUGCUUGUUGAUCAAUUGUUGCUCAUCAAUGUAAUAACUUCAGAUCAUUAAAGCCUCGUGUCUUUAGUUACAUACAGUAACUUGUUAGUAUUGUAACCAAUGUUUUAACUUUUAUAAAAUUGUCUAUGAACUAGAUUGCCGUAGAUUAUGGACCAAAUAUUUCAAUUUAGAUUUUCUUAAUUAAGAUUAUAAGCUUAUCCCUUUAAGUAUUUUUAAAAUAUUAAAUAAUUUCGUAAAUGAAUAAAGUAAAUCUUCAUGUAACGACGGCAUGAAUUAAAAAAGCUAACCUAGUACAACACUUCUACAACAUUACAUGACCUACUUGGGUUUUAAUAUUUAUGAAUAAUUAAAAUUCGCAUAUUUUAUAUCCCCUUCUCCGAGGAGAUCCCAUUAUUUACAUUACAACAAAAAACGCUGUUUCUCCACCUAUGAUGGAUUGCAUAUAGAAAUUAAUACAUAUUACAUAAUUAAAAAAAAACCUUGAUAAUAAUUAACAUGGAAAUACUGUACUGGGACAACACUUCUACAACAUUAGAUGACCUACUUGGGUUUUAAUAUUUAUGAAUAUUUAAAAAUCACUAUUUUCUGCAUAUAAUGCUUAUAUGCCUACAUACAUAUAUUUUUGAUAGCUUUCUUGGCCUAAUAGAGCGUACUAGUGUGACUGCCAAAGUAGGUCCUUUUGGAUCAUCGCAUAAAUUGUAAUUAUUGUAUUGGGUAUCAUUGCCUGAUGAUAGUAUGAUAUAUGAUGAUAGAUGUACCCACAUAUAGUGAUAUGAUCCACAGUGAACGUAGAAUUUCACAUAUUUUAUAUGUUAUGCAUUUGCCAUAAAAUUGCCGUUAAUUAAGAAUUGUUAAUGGUAAUUAUGAAAAAGGUUCCGUUUAAUUUGAUUGAUUUUAAAGAAUGGAAAAAAAAUCAUGUUUACAUUGAGUUGUUGCCAUGGUACGAUGAAAGACGGAGAUUCGUAUCACACCCUGUUUUCAUUUUUUUCUAAUCUUUAACAAUUUUCAAAUAAUCUAAAAGUUAACUUUCAAUUGUCGUUCCCAAUUUAAUUGUUUUAAAUUUAAGAUUUCGAGUAUUUAUGUAUGUUUGACGUAACUCACAACAUAAAAUUGCAUUUAUUAAAAUUUACGCGUUGU